UCGCCGCGCGGGUGGGGAGCCCGGGGCCGGGAGGCGGGCGCUGGGCGUGGGUCCCGCUCGGCUGGGAAGGCCUCCGCCUGUCGCGGGCCACGCAGCGGCGGGGGAGCGCGCUCCGGGGCGACGGCGUCCUGGAGACCCCGGCGAGAUGGAAGCGGCGGCGCCGGCGGCGGCCGAGGCGGCGGGGCGCGAGGAGCUCGAUAUGGAUGUAAUGAGGCCCUUAAUAAAUGAGCAGAAUUUUGAUGGGACAUCAGAUGAAGAUCAGGAACAAGAGCUCCUUCCUGUUCAGAAGCACUACCAGCUUGAUGACCAGGAGGGUAUUUCAUUUGUGCAAACUCUUAUGCAUCUGCUUAAAGGAAAUAUUGGAACGGGCCUGUUAGGGCUUCCACUGGCAAUAAAAAAUGCAGGCAUAGUGCUUGGACCAAUCAGCCUUGUAUUUAUAGGAAUUAUUUCGGUUCACUGCAUGCACAUUUUGGUACGCUGCAGUCACUUUCUGUGUCAGAGGUUCAAAAAGUCAACAUUAGGUUAUAGUGACACUGUGAGUUUUGCUAUGGAAGUAAGUCCUUGGAGCUGUCUUCAGAAGCAAGCAGCAUGGGGACGGAGUGUGGUUGACUUUUUUCUGGUGAUAACACAGCUGGGAUUCUGUAGUGUUUAUAUUGUCUUCUUAGCUGAAAAUGUAAAACAAGUUCAUGAAGGAUUCCUGGAGAGUAAAGUAUUUCUUUUGAACAGUACCAAUUCUUCAAACCCUUGCGAGAGAAGAAGUAUUGACCUAAGGAUAUAUAUGCUUUGCUUUCUACCAUUCAUAAUUCUUUUGGUCUUCAUUCGUGAGCUAAAGAAUCUGUUUGUGCUUUCAUUCCUUGCCAACAUUUCCAUGGCUGUCAGCCUUGUGAUAAUUUAUCAGUAUGUCGUUAGGAAUAUGCCAAGUCCCCACAACCUUCCAAUAGUGGCUGGUUGGAAAAAAUACCCACUCUUUUUUGGUACUGCUGUGUUUGCUUUUGAAGGCAUAGGAGUGGUCCUUCCACUGGAAAAUCAGAUGAAAGAAUCAAAACGCUUCCCCCAAGCUUUGAAUAUUGGCAUGGGAAUCGUUACAACCUUGUAUAUAACCUUAGCUACCUUGGGAUAUAUGUGUUUCCAUGAUGAAAUCAAAGGCAGCAUAACUUUGAAUCUUCCCCAGGAUGUAUGGUUGUAUCAAUCAGUAAAAAUUCUAUAUUCCUUUGGCAUCUUUGUGACAUAUUCAAUUCAGUUCUACGUUCCAGCAGAGAUCAUCAUCCCUAUGAUCACGUCCAAAUUUCAUGCUAAAUGGAAACAAAUCUGUGAAUUUGCCAUAAGGUCCUUCUUGGUUGCUAUUACGUGUGCUGGAGCGAUUCUGAUUCCUCGUUUGGACAUUGUGAUUUCCUUUGUUGGAGCCGUGAGCAGCAGCACGUUGGCCCUGAUUCUACCACCUCUGGUUGAAAUUCUUACAUUUUCUAAGGAACACUACAAUAUAUGGAUGAUCCUGAAAAAUAUUUCCAUAGCGUUCACUGGAGUUGUUGGCUUCUUCUUAGGUACAUAUGUAACUGUUGAAGAAAUCAUUUAUCCUACUCCUAAAGUUACAGCUGGCGCUCCACCAAAUCCUUCUCUAAAUUUGAAUUCAACAUGCUUUACAUCUGGUUUGAAAUAGUGGAAACAGAACUGUGAGUCUUCUCCUUUUCUCUUGACUCUGGAAAUGAUACAAAUAAGAACUAGUAGAAUACAUUGCAGUGAGCUUAUAAAUAGAACCAAAUUUUCUUUUCUUUUGGUACAAUAAUGGCAUUUUAGUAGUAAACUAGAGUUCUUUACUGAUAGUGGUAAAUCAUGACAGAUUAUUGGUUUUAAGUAUUUGCAAUAAUUUCAAAAUAUUUAGUUUUGAAAUUUUUAAAAAUUAAAAUGUAGAAAAAUUCAAGAAUAAAAAGACUUCCACUGUUCUUCAUUCAAUCAGAAAUACUCUAACCAAGACUCUCUUUUUGACCCAUGCUCCUCUUUCCCCACCCAGCUGAGGAGGGAACAGGGAUCUAACAAUAAGAGAGUCAAAGAAGGACCUAGUUAACAGUCUUCUCACUAUCUCAGUGAAUAUCAAAGUGUACUUUGUGUAUAAUGUAAAAAUGUCUUAAUCACGUUUUUACUAGAGAGCCAAAUACUUAUGAUUUGUCCCUGGAAGGAUGGAAAAUUCAUUAACCCUAAUGUAAGCAUCAGAAGUCUCUACAACCGGAAUUAUGCUGCGUGAUUCUCUGAUGGUCGUUGAUCUGCACAACGAAAACUCUUGAGGCACUGUGUGGGGUCCCAACUCUGUGUCUCAGUCAGAUGUGGAAGAGACUUUAAGGGUUAUCCAGCAUAAUUCCCUUAUUUCUUACCUAAGGAAAUUCAUGCCCAGAAAGGUUCAAGUAACUUGGUCAAGACCACUCAGCUUUGAGGUCAAGCAAGAGAACGUGAUCUUUUGAUCCCCAAUCUAGGAUUUUUUUGUUUUUCACAUCACAUCCAGGAAAAAGAAUAAAUGAGGUCCAGUUUAGCUGUUAGUGUUGCAUCUAUUUAGUUAUAUUUUACUACUCGGAAAACCAGGGGUCUCUGUACUCUGUGUGACCUGACCAUAAAGAUCAGAGAACUCUAGAAAACCUGUGUUACAGCCAUAUAAACCCCAACAAGAGAAGGAAGUUUUCUUUUGUUUGUUUUGUUUUUUAAAGAGAAACCACAUGCUGGUUUAACUGCUGGCUGGUAGAAGGUACCCAGUACUCUCUGGCUUGGACUCUCCGUAUUAGCUCCUCCCUCUUUGGGUUUUGUAUGCACUGUCUUUCUCAAUAGCAGAACAUAGUUAUCUGACAAAAUACAGGAUUUGUGUAUUCUUUCCAGCCCUGUGGCUUGCUUUGUUAUAGCCUUUUACUGAUCUGAAUGGGCAGAAUAAAAAAAAAAAAGCUAUAAAGAAAUGUAUGCUGAGGAAAAAUCAAGGCAGUGAUAGAUUACUAAAUCUUGAGACACUCCAGGUUUCUUCAAAAGAAAUGCCUUUUAUUACCCCAGAUUUGUCAAUCCCGGUUAUUAACCAAAACAGUCUCAGUUGACUUGAAAAAUGAAAAAAAUUUACUUUUAAAACAUGAAAAAUCUUGACUUUUUAAAAAACUCAUACUUUCAAACAUGUUGAACUUUUUAAUCAGGCUGAUGGGACUUUUAUUUGUAAUAUAUCAUCAAGAUCAGUGUAGUGUAUGUAUUCUGUAUUUUUAUAUGUAAAUGUUAACUUAGUUUAAGUAAUUUUUGCUUUGCAUCAUUAAUGAGUCAUCAAAUACAAUUCUAACAAAAUACCAGAAGCUUUAUUUUUGUACAAAUUCAUAAGAAUCAAACUUUUUUUAAACAUUUACAUUAGAUGUCACCAAUAAUUGUUUGUGAUACUUUUAUAUCAAAUCUGUUCUAUUGAGCUUUUAGUCAUACUGAGAGAAUGUGGAAGAAGUUAUAGGAAGAGUAAUCAUCAUUGAAACUGUUAUAUAAUCGUGUUUCUAAGAAUAAAUUAGGGUUUUUUAAAAAAUGUAUAACUUGGUAUAAAAUGACUUGAAAACCAUUGUUUAAUAGAAAGCACUAUUAUUUUGUCAGCUGUCCUCAGAUAUUUCUAGUCUAUGCGUGAAAUUUUAUUUUUAUACUUUGACCUGUUUAUUUUCCUUCUUAAUUCAUCAAAUUCAGUAAAUUCUGAAUAGUUGAUCAUAGCAAUAAAUAAAUUCGAGAUUGAGCAUGAACGAAACAUUGAGUGCACUGUCAGCCAGGCUUCCUUAUGCAGCAGGAGCUGCAUCAGUACUUAGUCCCCUUACUUAUCGACACUUUGAAUACCAGAGAAAAGUGGAAAUGGUGAAAGCAGGGGCUAAAACCGGUAGAGACUAGUCUUAAUCCUUAACAAGAAACUGUUUAGGUAUAAAGCAUAAAUGCGCCCUUACUUAAGAGUUUUUGAUGAUGUAUUUUAUUUGGGAAAAAAUCAGUGGCAAUAUUUUUCCUCUGAAAAAUUUAGUUUUAAUGAGUCACAAUGUUUUUUUAAAGAUUUUGGGAGAAGAUAUUUUGAUGGGGCCAGCUGUUGCUUUUAUUUCGGGGCCUGGAAAAUGAGAACAAUUGCACCUGUGAAAUUUUGUGUCUGGUAUCUUGGUCCGUUACAUUAUGGCUCGGACGACUGCUGCAUUUCAUCUGGCACCAUGACGAGCCCUCUUCUUUGAAAGCGGAUCGGGUGCCUGAGAGCCUUUUCUACCACUGACUUGGGGGAAGGAAAGGAAAGCUUCAUUGACCUCUGCUGAUCUCUGCUGACCUUUGUCCUAAGUCAGUUAUCAUUAGUCCCUGACCUUCAAAACCGUGUCACCAGUUUGAGUCAACUUGUCAAAACACUGGUUCUCGGAUUUUUUUUUUAUUAGAGGAUCUUCUUUUCCCCACCUGGUCAGAUCUCUCCACAAUUAAAUAAGAACUAGGGUUUUUCCUUGGUGAAAGACCAAUUUGUAUGAUGUUAUCGACUAAAAAAAGUAUACGGGAUCAGCCAGUGCCACAUGAUGUUUUAAUUCUCUCCUUGCUGGAUUCUCCUUUCUUAAAACCAUUUUUGCCUCUCAUCUAGGCAACGCACUGAAUGUUUUUAUAAGCAUUUUAUGCAAUGUGCAUGUUGUAAAUUUCCUAACAGAGCCGAAUUUCAUUCAGUAUUUUCAGAAUAGUUACAGGAAAGCUGUCUACCUGCAAAGCACUAUAAAAAUAUUAAUGGGACACUGAAUUAAAGUUCCGCAUUGGGGCCACAUCUAGCUGCGGCAGACAGGUGGCCCAAUGGGUAUUUUCUGUUGAGGAGUACGAUUUGGUAAAUGUACAGACCAUUGAUCAUGUAAAAUGAGUUUUCUUUUUCUUUAAAUGAGUGUGUUUUGUUCAUUUCAGCUGUACUAGGUUCCCCCUUCCUAAGAAAAUCUGAGAACUUUGAUCUAAAAGGUGUAACGAGAACCUUCCUGACAUUAAAUGGCUGACUGUAAUAGUUAAGACUUUGGAAGUAUUAUGGAUAAUCUUAUUUAUGCCCCUAGUGCUUACUUGGCUAAACGCCUUAAUAAAAGUGAUUGGUUUUCGCCUAGGAGAUGAGAAAACAUGCUUAAGAAAUGACUGGAAAUGCUAUUACCCUAUGAUAAAUGAAAUGACGACUUAUUCUCAUUCUUGAAAUGCCAUAUUAAAAUUAGCUAGUUCUUACGUGUGCAUACACACACACACACACACACACACACACACACCAGUAAUCCAUGUGAAUUAGAUACUGAUAUUAACAUACCAUUUAAACUGAGACCGAAAGAUGAUUGUUGAAAGAUCACUCCCAAAAUGAUUCCAUUAGCGUUUUAUUGAUAACAAUUAGGAAAGUAAAUGCUUAUACCGUGAAUAAAUUAAGCUGUGGAUUUUUGUGUUUUUCAAAAUGAUUUUGUGAGUUUGAAAACUAAAAAUCAUUGUACUUGAGUCAGUUCUUUUUAAGUUAUUUUUCUUUACACUAUGGAAAAAAACCAUCUUAAAGUACUGUAACUCUUCUGAAUUUUCAAUAAAAUAUAAUUAUUUUGCUUGCAAA